AUGAUUAAAAUAAUAAUUAUAUCACUAUCAAACGUAAUAAAUAUUAAUUUUAUUAAAUUAAGACACCCAAUAUCAAUAAUGCUUUUCAUUAUCCUACAAACUUUUUUAGUUGGACUAAUAACAGGGACAAUAAUGGAAAGAUAUUGGUUAUCAUAUAUUUUAUUUUUAACAUUUCUUGGUGGUAUAUUAGUUCUAUUUAUUUAUAUUACGAGAAUUGCAUCAAACGAAAUAUUUCAACCUAAAUCAAUUACAAUAAUUAUUACCUUAACAAUAUGAAUAUUUAUCAUAUCAACAUUAAUUAUUUUAGAUAUAACAAUAUUUAUAGACUUUUUUAAAAAUACUGAAACUAUAAAUAUUGAUAAUCCAAUCAAUUAUCAAGAAAUAACAAUAUCUUUAGAAAAACUAUAUAAUAGACCAACAUUCAUUAUUACAAUAAUAAUAAUAAUUUAUUUAUUUUUAGCACUAUUAGCAGUUGUUAAAAUCACCAACAUUAACCAGGGGCCUAUUCGUAAAAUAAGAUAA